AUGGAGUUUGAAUUAACCAAUUAAACCCAAUCAUCAAAUUGCAGUAUAGAAUAAGAUAAAUCACAAUCUCUUAAUACUUUUGAUAUUUUCCAUAUUCCUCCAAAUUUUUAAUUAGCAAUAACACAUAGAGUAUAUAUAAUAUAUAUAUGUAGAAAUCCACUUAUAUAUAAAAAUUAGAUUAUAAUGGUGAAAAAUGUAAUUGUUGUGGCAGAACAAUAGCAAAUUCAAUUUUACCAUUAUCAAUAGAUUUUAAAUUAAUAUCAUAACCAGGAGAUGGGGCAUCUAUUUAUUUUUUAUUAUUAAAGACCUUUAUCAUUUUAUUUUCUAUUGAUUUGUAAUCCUUAUAUAAAUUAUAAUAGUUUUAUUUUUGGUUUAUAUUCAAUAAUUACAAAUACAAUUGGUUUUUAAUGUAAAUUAAGUAGAAUAUGUGCUAAGAAUUUUAUCACUUUUACUUCAACAUUAAAUAGAAAUACUCCAAUGUAUCAUAUUCAUCAAUCUAUAGAACAACUGAUAUAUUCUAUUUACUUUUGUAAAUCCUCAGUUAAAGUGCAAUGCUAUUAUAUAUAAUUUGGUAUGCAUAUACAGAUGAAUACUUUCAAGAAAUAUUAAUAUUAAAUGAUGAAAAUAUUAUUGCAGAAUUAACAUAAUUAGAAGAAAUAGAUGAAUCUAUUAUUAAACUCAAUAAAAAUGAAAUUUUAGAUAAAUUUUAAGUAUAAAGUCUAGAUUAUUUAUGUUUUGUAUAUAAAAUGAAUCAUUUUAAGAAAGAAAUAGAAAAUUAGAUCAUUAAUAAAAUUUAAUGUGAUGGAUUGUAAAAUUAUAUAUUAUUAUUAGAAAUUUAAUAGAUGCAAUCUAAUAGAUCUGUAAUUUAUAAAAUGUAUUAAGAGAUUACUUAAAUUAAUAGAAUUAUUUUUAAUCUGCUUGUACAAUCUUUAUUACAAAGCCUAUUCUUUAGAAAAAUUAAAUAGAGAAAUUAUAUUUUAUUGGAGGUUAUAAUGUCAGACCAAGUGAAGUAAAUUGGUUAAUUAAUUAAUCAAUUUAGAAAUCUAAAACUUGCAAAUGGAUUUUCAUUAUUUUUGGAUAUGUAAUUUAAAUAUUAGUAGCUAAUUUCAUACUUACUCAAUUAACAUUAUUAAAUGAACAAUAAGAAGAUGAAACUAUAGAUUAAGGAAAAGGUUUAGAUAUAUUUAAAUCAUUAUUAAUAACAGUAUCUAUUAUCUUUAUCAAUGAAUUUAUGAUUAUGUCAUUAAAACCAUUAAUAGGUUUAUUGAAUUUGACAUCUUAACAUAAUAGUUAAAUCUUGGUUAUGUUGAUGCUCUCUAUUUUAUAUUUUAUAUUAUAAAUAUCUAUAGUUGUUGAUUUAAAUUUAUAAAAAUAAGAAGGAAAUAUGUAAAAUGAAAUGUGGAAAUAAGGUGGAUCAUUAGAAACAUAUUUUUUUAUCACAAUUGGUAAUGGAUUUUCUGCAUUAUCAGAAACUUAUUUUGAUGCUGCUUAUUUCUUUAAUAAAUUACUUAGAAAAUGGAAUCAUUAUUUUAUAAAUAAAUGUUAAAUAACUUAAUUUGAAUUGAAUUAACUUUAUGAAAAAGAAAGUGUAACUUGGACUGAUAAAAUUGCUUUUAUGAAUUUUUUGAUUUUUGCAAGUAUUCUUUUUAGCUAAUUCCUACCUAUAUGUAUACCUGCAUGUAUUAUUGUCCUAUUAUUAACAUAUUACUUAUAAAAAUAUCUGUAUUUAAAUCGUUAUUCAAAAUCAAAUGAUAAUAAAUAUAAUCCUCAUAUCAUCAUAUAAUUACCAUUCUCUAUGAUAUUAUUAAAUCAAUUUGCUAUCAUCUAAAGUAUGGUUUAAUAUUUCCUAAAUGGAAAAAGACCUUUAGAUUUAUUACAGAAUACUAAUUCAAAUGAUUUAUAAAUAGGUAAAACUGAUAUCAUUUGGUUAAUUAUCUAAAUAAUCAUUUUAUUUACUAUUUACUUCCUAUAGAAAUUAUUUUAUCGAAAACACAAAGCCCUUUUAAAUCAUUAAACUAUUCUACUAACAGAAUCUCAUCUAGAAUAAUUUAAAACAUUUGAUCUAAAACAAUAGGUAUCAAUAUAGUAAUUUUAGGGUUUUGUUGCUUAUAAUCCAUUAAUUAAUAUAGGUCAAAUUGAAAAAUUUAUUGGACGUAAAUAUGAAGAACUUAAUAAUGAUGAACUUAAUCAAUAUUUAUAAAGCAUGAAAUAUUCCCCACAGGAAUAAUUCUUAUAAUAAUUAUCUAUAGAACUAUAUAAUAAAUUAAUGAAAAAGUAAGUUUUAAUUUAAUAUGAGAAUUAAGAAAAUUAAGAUCAUUAAUAAUAUUUAACCAUCAACCAUCUAAGCAGAUUGA